AUGACGACGGCAUCCGCCCUUCCACCAUUUGACUCCCUGCUGAAAACGAGCGUGAAGCGGACGCGCGCCAUCUUUCAAACAUGUCCGGACGAGGGUAUGCGGGACGACGAGAAAGUUGUACGAGUACGGCUCUCAACGAAGAUAAACGACGAAUACAAGGACUAUAAGGAGCUACCACCUGUCCUCCUUGCCCAACAAGGCGGCGUUGGCCCCGCGCGGCCUAAAGAGCAACGCAAGGCUAUAACAGCAGGACCCUCGGCAGAAACGAAUCGUACCCUAACGGUCAUGGCCAAGCCGACCGCAUCACAACAACCCUCCACAUUGACGUCCUCCUCCACCCUCUCGCAAGCCCUCCAAUUACACAAGACGACCCGCACCAUCAAACCUACCUUCCAUCCGCAAUGGAAACUCACGCGCGUCAUCAGCGGUCACCUGGGCUGGGUGCGCUCAGUCGCCGUCGAACCAGGGAACAAGUGGUUCGCUACGGGUGCCGGCGACCGUGUCAUCAAGAUAUGGGACCUAGCCAGCGGCGAGCUCAAGCUCAGUUUGACGGGUCACAUAUCGACCGUACGGGGACUAGCGGUCAGCCCGCGGCAUCCCUACCUCUUCUCCUGCGGUGAGGACAAGAUGGUAAAAUGCUGGGACCUCGAAGCGAACAAAGUCAUCCGGCACUACCACGGCCACCUCUCCGGCGUCUACGCGCUCUCCUUGCACCCCACGCUCGAUAUCCUCGUCACCUCCGGCCGCGACUCGUCCGCGCGCGUGUGGGACAUGCGCACAAAAGCGCAGAUCCACGUCCUCGGCGGGCACACGGGCACCGUCGGCGUCGUCAAGUGCCAGGACUCGGACCCGCAGGUGAUCACGGGCAGCAUGGACUCCACCGUCCGCCUCUGGGACCUCGCCGCCGGCAAGACGAUGGUCACGCUCACCCACCACAAGAAGUCGGUCCGCGCGCUCGACAUCCACCCGACCGAGUACAGCUUCGUGAGCGGCUCCGCAGGCGGGAACAACAUCAAGAAGUGGAAAUGCCCCGAGGGCGCGUUCGUCUGCAACUUUUCCGGACACGACGCGAUCAUCAACACGCUGUCCGUCAACGCGGAGGGCGUCUUGUUCUCGGGAGCCGACAACGGCUCUCUCACCUUCUGGGACUACAACUCGGGCACACCCUUCCAGAAUUUGGACGACAUACCACAGCCCGGUUCGCUCGAGGCUGAAGCUGGCGUGUUCUGCUCCACGUUCGACCAGACCGGAACGAGGUUGAUAACGGGCGGAGCGGACAAGACCAUCAAGAUAUACUCGGAACAAGCACAGUGA